AUGAGGUGGUUUUCUUCCCCGCUUCGGGAUUGUGCGUUCCCCCGCGAUAUCAGUGUCUCACGGUCGCGGGUCUUCAUCUAUCUCGGUCUAGCAGUCACUUUACUGCUUCUAUCAUAUCAGCUGAUUCUCGACCAGGCUCCGAUUAUAGGCACAAACUGGACAACGGGUCAGGGUAUCAGUGUGGCCGGCGAUAAUGACCACGUCGUUUCAGAUCCUACACAACCCGCCGAGAAGGAGUUGGUUCUCGCCGCCAUGCAGGCUAGCAAUAUGUCUUGGGUCGAGGAAUAUCUGUCGGACUGGAAGGUGAAUAUUUAUCGUGCUGAUGCGAAAGAUGGAGACGUUGGCUUGACCGUGCCCGUAAAUAAGGGCAAUGAGGCGAUGCAUUUUCUCAUACCGAUUGUCCUCUUCACCAUUAGCUAUAUUGUUGAUCGCUACCGGUCUCUUCCUGAAGUAUCGGUCUUCCUACACGGCGGCCGGUACCAAUGGCAUGUCGAUAACCCGUUAUAUGAUUCGGUCAUCUCUAUCUCCCAUCUCAACUUCGACUUCGUCCAGGAGGCUGGUUAUGUGAAUCUACGCUGCGCCUGGAGUGUCGGCUGUCCCAGAGAACUUGAACCCGCUCGCUAUCUCCGCGAGCGACCAGAUGACAAGGGACAUCCCACGGCGGUCGAGUAUCCCGAUCGGUUUAUGGAGCUUUUUCCGCGCGCGGAGGUCCCGGAGGUUGUCGGGACGCCGUGUUGUAGUCAGUUUGCUUUGUCCAAGACGAAGAUUUACGAGCAGAGUCUUGAGCGUUAUGUUCGUUUGCAGCGGUGGUUAAUGGAAACGGAUUUGGAGGCGGGCAUCAGUGGGCGCAUUCUGGAGUAUUCGUGGCACAGUGGGUCCUCUCCUUUUGCGCUGAUCUCCGGAUGA